AAAUAUCUUUUAAAAUUUCAAAUGGAAGCGAACUCGCGUUAUUUUCAGCAUUUUCAAGCUGCCAAGAACUGCCUCAGACGCGAAAGGUAUGGAGAUGCGUUGGCGCAUUUGGUGUUUCUCGCCAAUGUGGAACCUUCCUCAAAAGAAGUGUUAGAGGAAGACUUCAUCAUCGCUUUGCGCCACUGGACCGAUAUACUUGAACGUCAUGGUGAGCUAGAUAAACUGAUGGUUUGCCUGCAGGAAGCCUUGAAGCUCUACCCACGAAGCGAAAACAUACUCGUAAACACGGGUGCAAGCUUGAUCAAGGCCGGAAUCACCGACGAAGCUGCGUCGUGUUUUAGACGUGCGUUGCAAGUCAAUCCUGGGAGUAUCAGAGCGAAAGAAAAUCUUGAAAACGUCGCAAAUCUGUUGGUCGAGAGAUGGCAUUUUAGAAUGUUAAAUGACAAGAAAAGGAACUUGGCUUACAAGCAGGCAAUUGCUAAGGCCAUAAGCCAAGGGCACGAUGUCGUUUUAGACAUUGGAAGCGGCACUGGAAUUUUAAGUAUGUUUGCUGUUCAGAGCGGGGCAAAAGAGGUCUAUGCUUGUGAAAUGUCUAAGACCAUGUAUGAAAUGGGUCUGGAUGUGUUGAAAGCAAAUAAAAUGGAGAAGUUAGUCCACACCAUACACAAGAAAUCAACUGAGAUGAAAGUAGGUGACGAUAUUCCACAGCAGGUCUCUCUUGUUGUAACUGAGACAUUAGAUUGUGGACUUCUCGGUGAAGGAAUUCUUGCCACUGUGGAACAUGCCUGGGCUAACCUGCUUAUGCCUUCCACAGAUGACUUGCACCACUCAAAUGCAAAGCCUGUUUCAAAGGUCAUACCAGGUGGUGCAGUUGUUUAUGCUAUGGCAAUUAUGUGUUAUGACAUCAGACAUCAAACCAGGAGCAAACCAAUAAUUAAUGGAAUGAACAUGUUUCCUGAGUGUAGCAUAGGAGCAGAACUAAUGGCACAAAAGUCAGAAACGGCAUCGUCUGGAAGUAUUCUAGAUCAGUUGGAACCGUACAACACAGAAUGCUUGAACAGGCUUAGAGGUGGUUUCAAAGCUCUGUCAUGCCCUUUCAAAGUUACAGAGUAUGAUUUCAACAAUCCAAGUAGCUUGAAUAAGGAGAGAAACAUAAGUUUUGAAAUCCCUGCAACCUGUGAUGGUCGGGUGGAUGCUAUAUCAGCAUGGUUUGAUUUGCGACUGGAUGAAGAAAUUACUCUUUCCACUGGCCCCAAUGAUGACUCUCUCUGUUGGGAGCAGGCAAUUUUCCCUGUUUACUCAAGUGCUGGAAAUUUGUCUGGUAAACUGGAAGUUUCAAUGGGAGACUUGAUGUCCAUUCAUGGAGAACUCUCCCAAGAAUGUUUGAAGUUACAUUUAAGUGGCAUUAAAACAACAACAGGUAAUGAAUCUCAUAACAGUGUUACAUGUACACUAGCACACAAAGAAAUUGCCUCCACAAGGAACAGCUCUUUGACUAAAAACAAUGAGUGUAACAGUGAAGUUAUAAUCAUUCCACCUUCUUACAUGCGAAGACUGAAUGACAAUGCCUUUAAUGACCUCUAUGAUGAAGUUAUCUGUAGAGCUGUGAAGUCUGUGACACCUGGUCUACAUGCAUCUGCUAAUAAUGACAACGCCAGUGGGAAACCUACCGGUAACAUUAUUGACAUCACCUACGGUCCCGCUCUGUCUUCUCUUUUUGCUUCUCGAGGCAAAGCUGGUCAUGUCCUAGUGACAAAUCCUCACAAUGCUGCAUGGAUAAAAUGCAUUUUGCAUGGAAACAAUCUACCACCAGUCAUUGAAAGUAGUCCAAGUAAACUUGAAGAAAUUGCCAAAGAAGGAAGGAAGUGGGAUAUUCUUGUCAGUGACACAGUGGAACCGUCUGGAAUCAUUCGCCAGCAAGUUGUUGAAGAUAUUGUGUUUGCUCGAGGAUGUUUACUGAGACCACAGAGUUUCCAGAUUAUUCCUAUGGGAUUCACUUUGUACUGCAUGUGUAUUGAAUCGCCCUUCUUGUUUGCUAACUGUCGCAUUGUGAGCCAAGACAAUACACUUGGACUCAACAUCGCACAGUUUAUCAAUGAGUUUCAAGUAACAACUCACAUAGAUGUGGACGUUACAACACUUCCUUUCUCAGCAAUCACAGAUCAUGUUGCUCUUUUCAGUCUGAAUUUCAUGGAGCAGUUUGAUGAUGAAAACAAGGUGCUCUCCUUACUUGAAACUCACUCUCAGCAAAGAGUCAAAGCUACAAAUUCUGGGAGGAUACAUGCUAUUCCAUACUGGUUUAUGUUACAUCUUGACAAUCACCACUCACUGUCAACACAUGGUGGGGCUUACGCUGAAUCGCACUGGAGACAAGCUGUCAUCGUGUUGAAAGAGGAAGUAACUGUAGAAGCUGGUCAAGAACUUCUAAUUUCAGCAUCAUGUGUAAGCAGUAGCAUCUUCAUUGAUGUUAUUCCAAUCAAGGAUUGAUUUAAAUACACUGUCUAGCACACAUCAAACUAGUGUUAAAUAUAAGAAAGGUAUUACUUCAGACUAUUAGACAGUGCACAGGGAUUUUGGGUUAUUCUUGAUUUAUCAAAAAAUUCUGUAAAAUAUUCCAGUUGGGAUAUGAUGCAAACGAAACACAACUUUUAUUAUGUGAGCGAAGAAACUUCUGAAAAGGUGGUCCUGUUUGUUUGCUCAGCUAUUACCAAUGUAAGUUUGCAUUUUUGUUACCUGCUAUGCACCUUUUGCAUUAGUUCUAACUCCUUUUGACUUCUCAGGCUGUGCCAAAUUUCAUGGCUUAACCACAAUGGUGAGUUCUUUGGUGGAAAAUAGAAGAUCCUCUUUUUGAAUGGAAAUUCCCUACUAAAUUUCUGGAAAUUUUGCGGCAAAUUGUACAAAAAUGUAAACAACCUUUUGCCGACCUGUGUGUGUGGAUUAUGGAUUUUUGUUUUCUUGAAGCUUUUUGAACGUGUAUCUUUAACUCAGACUAUUCAGUUAGUGCACCUAAAGACAUUAACAGAUUUUAACAGUAGAGAACUUAAAACAGAAUUACUGGCAGGAAGUGGUAUUCAGAUGUUUUGUUAGUGUUGUUUUAACUAAGAAGUCUUUCUGUAAGCCAGUUAUAAACUUCCGUAAGGUCUGUAGUUGUUGUAAUAAUUAUUGAAUGGUUUAAUUUAGAGAUCAACCAGUGGACACUUUCUGGAAGCAAACAAGUGGCAAAUUAGUGACAAUCUCUUUUUUCUGAAUCAGUAAAAAUCUGUUUUGGUUUUUUUCCUGAAUAAAUGAAAACAUUAGUCCAAGAAUUUAGCAAUCAAUUUCCUUGUGCCAAGGCCCCCGUCAACUAAGAGGGUCUGGCGGCUCUGGGAAUGAGAGUGGGCUUUUGACAAUUUUGCAUUUCCAGUUAGGGGAUCUCACACAGGGGUAUCACAUUUUGCACUUUUGUUGUACAUGUAAUCACAGAUCAGUAUUAUCACUUAAUAAACAUGUAAAACACUGUAGCUGCAGAUGACCUGGCUUGGUUUCAAUUUCUUUUUUCUCUUCAC